UUGGAGAACCUAAUAUGGACCUCGUCAGACCCGGAUGUUAUGCCGGUGGGAUCGCCUUCAUCUCGACCGCUUUCACGCCACCAGCUUUUACCACAACAUCGCCGGUCUAAUCACGUCCCUCUCACUCCGGUGGCUUCAAGGAUGAACGGCGGCACCUCCGGCAGCGGCUUGCUCUCCCCUCUCUUCAUCUUCUUCAUCGUCGUCGUUCUGCAAACCCUCGAUGGCCUCCUCGAUUUCGUCAAAAGGAAAGGGAUCCAUAGUGCUGAAGAAGUUCAAUUGCGAAAAGAAAUCAAACAACUUUUAAAAGAGGCUAGCUCCUUGUCAACGCCCUCAACCUUUGCUCAGUCUGCAAAGCUCAGACGACUGGCUGCAGCCAAGGAAAAGGAGCUACUAAGAAAACAAGAGGAGCACAGGAAGGAGAAAUCAUGGUUUUACGAGUUGUGUGGGAGGGUCCUGCUGGUUAUCAAGGUGCUGCUCUAUGCUACACUUGUUUUGCAAUUCUGGGGAGUUCCUGUUGCAGCAGUUCCUCAUCAUUUGCUGCAGCCAUUUGGCAAGAUAUUGUCCUGGAGAGCUGGAAAUUCUGCUACAGGUCAAAUCAUGGUUGGGAUGGUUCCCUGGCUGAUUUUAACUUCUCGUGUCAGCAAAUUCUUGUGGCAAAAACUCUCAAAAGGAUUUCUCAAUUAUUAAUUCUUGAAAUGACUUUGCCCAAUCUAAGAUCAUAAUUCGGCAGUUUUGUUAAGUUCAUAGUAUAUGUGAAUAAGGAAACUGAAGAAAAAUAGAAGGCUGGAUGACAUGCGUUAGAAAUUUCAAGCAGCAUUGUAUCACUAGGUCAGCGCAUAAUUACCAAAGAAACCAAAGCUCCGCUCUAUUCUGCUUCAAGAAUUUUGAUCAGGAAGUGCACACACGUUGUGUGAAGAUUGUUUUUGUUAUUUGUGCAUCUUAUAAUUUGUUGAACUCUGCCAUUCAGACACUUGAUAUUAUGGAUCAUUUAUUUUUAUGUUAACCUGGAUCUGUUGCCCCCAAUGUACAUUAAACAUUGGCAUUUUGGAGAUCUGUAGUUA